AUGGGCUCCUCCAUAAUUAACAUUCAACGCGACAUUAUACUGAAAACCAUUCGCAAUGCCGGUGGCCACGAUUGGAAAGUCUUGGUGGUGGAUGAGACCAGUAGGAAACUGGUGGAGAGCGCUGUGAAGGAGGAGGAAAUUCUCAACCUCAAUGUCUCUAAUGUCGAACAGCUCGAACACCGGCGACCGUUCAAUGCCGACAUGGACGCUCUUUACAUCAUUUCCCCUGAAUCAUAUGUGGUCGACUGUUUGAUGGCAGACUUCGAGGUUGGGCGAUACAGAAGGGCCUUCUUGGUGUGGACUUCAUUCCUCGAUCCGCAACAAAAAGCUCGAAUUGAUCGGUCUCAGAUGGCGCGGGAUCGCAUUGCGGACUUUCAAAUUAUGAACAUCAAUUUCUACCCCCGAGAAUCCCACCUAGUCACAUUUCAAGAUCCGUGGAGCUUCCCAGUGCUCUACCACCCCGGCUGCAACAACUUGAUUCGGCAGCACCUGGAGGACUUGGCCCAAAAGGUCGUUUCUCUUUGUGCAUCCCUGGGCGAGUACCCUCUGAUUCGGUACUAUCGGCCCAAAGCUCCCACCCAUGAAGCUGGAGUGAUGUGCGCCCACCUGGCGCGCUUUGUUCAAACCGAAUUGGAUCAAUUCAAAAAUUCCCAGAGGGGAUUCCCUCCCCCAACAAACCGUCCCCGAGGUGUCUUGCUCAUUGUAGACCGUUCUAUGGACUUGUACGCACCACUCCUCCACGAAUUCACAUAUCAGGCCAUGGUCCACGAUCUACUGCCUGUCAAUGAUGGAGACAAGGUGACCUACAAAACUGUGAUAAACAAAGGAGGCCGGAACGAGGAGGUCAAGGAGAUGAAUAUCGGAGAACAUGAUCGAGUGUGGGUGGACUACCGUCAUAUGCAUAUGAAAGAUGUGCUUGGAAAAUUGGGCGAGGACUUUGCCAAAUUCCGAGCAGCGAACCCUCAGUUUGGCGAUGAUAACGACAAACAGAAUGUCAACACCAUCAAGGAGAUGUUGGGUGGACUGACAGAAUUCCAAGAGGGAAAGGAUGCCUACGCACUUCACCUCACGAUGGCGGAAGAGUGUAUGAAAUUCUUCCAAUCCCGCAAGCUUUUGGAAGUGAGUUCCAUCGAGCAGUCCUUCGCCACGGGUCUGGAUGAAAAUCACAAAAAGGCAAAGAACCUAGCAGCACAGCUCGUCCAACUCCUGGACGACGACUCGGUCGUACCCGCAGAUCGGCUCCGACUCCUGCUUCUGUACAUCAUAUACCGUGGCGGGCUCCUCGGCGGCGACAUUCGCAAACUAAUGGCACACGCAAACCUUCCACCGCAAGACGGCGAGAUCAUCGCCAACCUCGAACUCCUCGGCGUCCGCGUAGAAAAGCCUCUCAAAGAUGAAAAGCCGCCAGUGCAACCUCUAUUCAAACAGCGAGCUCCAAGCACCGAAUCCGAAGAAUUGAGUCUAAGCCGCUACGAGCUGGCCAUCAAGCAAAUGCUCGAAGAGCAAAUCCAAGGCACCCUCGACCAAACCUCUUUCCCCUUCACACGGCCGCACACCGAGACCGACGGCGUCAUGGCCGCUCAAGAAAUGCUAUCCCAGCAGGCCUCACUGCGCAGCGCAAAGCCUACCUGGGCACGCACAAGAUCCGUCGACCAGCCGCGCCAGCGCAUCGUCGUCUUCAUGGCCGGCGGAGCAACCUACGGCGAGUCACGCGCCUGCUACGAAGUCUCAGCCUCAUACAACCGCGACGUCUACCUCGCCACAACACACAUGCUGACGCCAGGCCUGUUCCUCCGCCAGUUAGGCGAUCUAGGCGUCGACAGACGGCGUCUGAAUCUCCCAUCCGACCGGCCCAAACCCACUGCCCCAGCGCAUCUGUUCGAGCGCGAGAAACCGCCUUCGCCGGCUGCUCCACCGCCUCAGAAGAAGCCUGUUUCCACGGCUCACCUCAACCCUCCUGCGCCGCCGGAGGCGUUGAUGGCUGGUAUGUCCAUACGCUCGAAUGGGAGUGGAAGUAGUCCUUCCUCUGGUAGUGGGAAACUUGAGAAGAAAGACAAAGAGAAGAAAGACAAAGAAAAGAAGGAGAAGAAGGAGAAGAAAUAUCGGUUCUUCAAGUAG